UAGGAGCAGCAGCCGGCCGGCUAUGCCUCGCGGCCCGCGGCUCCCACUCUGGCCCUGGGUCCUGCUGCCGCUGCUGGCGGGCGCGCUGGGGCACCGCGGCCCUGCCGGGCCCGGGGCGGCGGCCGAGGAGCCGGGCUCGGGGCGGAACUGGCCGGCCUUCCAGGACCUGAAGGAGCGGCUGAGGGCAGCCGUGGCCCUCUCCAAACAGUACUGGGAGCGCUUCUGCUGCCACGUGUGGCCUGAGACCUGCCGGCAGGACGGGAAGGGCCCCCUCGCCUGGAGCCUUCCGGUGCUGGGCCAGCAGUACCUGGACAUCCUGACCACGUGGUACUGCAGCGUCCAGGAUUGCUGCGCCGGAGGGGACUGCAGGAUCUCCAAUAACUUCACAGGCCUGCAGUGGGACCUGCAAGUGCGCCUGCACGGCCAGCACCUGGCCCGGGAGCUGGUCCUGACGACGGUGAGGGGCUACUUGGAGCUGCCGCGGCCAGGCAAGGCCCUGGCCCUGUCGUUCCACGGCUGGUCCGGCACAGGCAAGAACUUCGUGGCGCGGAUGCUGGCGGAGAACCUGUACCGGGACGGGCUGAGGAGUGACUGCGUGAGCGUGUUCAUCACCAUGCUGCACUUCCCUCACCCCAGGCUCGUGGACCUGUACAAGGAGCAGCUGCUGGACCAGGUGAGGAAGACGCAGGAGCGCUGCCCCCAGACCCUGUUCAUUUUUGACGAGGCUGAGAAGCUGCACCCCACACUGCUGGACGCCCUCGGGUCACACCUGGAGCCCCGGGCCCCUGAGGACCACAGGGCUGAGUCCCCGAGAGCCAUCUUUCUUUUUCUCAGCAACCUCGGCGGCAACCUCAUCAACAAGGUGGUCCUGGAUCUGCUCAAGGCCGGGCAGCCCCGGGAGGAAAUCGCGCUGGAACACUUGGCGCCCCAUCUCCAGGCUGCGCUCGUCGCGGCCACAGACAGUGGCUUCGGCCACAGCCGCCUUCUGAAGGAAAACCUGAUCGACUUCUUUGUCCCCUUCCUGCCACUGGAGUACCAUCACGUGAGGCUGUGUGCACGCGACGCGUUCCUGACCCAAGAGCUCCCGUACACAGAAGAGGUGCUGGAUGAAAUUGCCAAGAUGGUGGUGUAUGUCCCCAAAGAGGAACAGCGCUUCUCUUCUCAGGGAUGCAAGUCUAUCGCCCAGCGAAUUAACUAUUUCCUGCCUUGACGGCGAGGUGGAACGUCAUGCUGCCUGCAUUCCACCAGUGGGACCCUGGGCCGGGGGCUCCAGCACGCGCCCCACACAUGCCUGUGCCUAACAGGAAGGCCUUCAAUUGGGAGCUGGAGCCCGUCCUAAAAUCACGUGGUGCCUUCAAGAGCCACGUGGGGGCGAGAGACACCCCCAUGGGUUUAUGAGCAUCUCAGCUCUUGCCUGCAGAAGCUUGGGCUUGGGUGAGGGCCCCGAGGCGGCACGGCCCCCCGGGGAGGGAAAGGACGCCCUGCUGCUGCCUGGGGGCGGGUGGGGGCACAGCUCAGGCUUGCCAGCUGGGGGUGGAGGCGGCUUUCAGGUGGUUAUUCCCAGAGGGGAGGCUGAGCAGCUCACAUCUGUAAGCAGAUCAGGGAAGGUCAAGUAAACAAUAAUUUUUUAAAAAAGAGUCAGCGUAGCCUAAGGUUUGUUCUAUUUUAAAAAAUUCUUUUAGGUUAGGGGCCCUGGCAUCACUGUGCCAUAUGUAAAUAAUAAAAUUCUCUAUUUUUCUAAAACCUUCAGCCUCCUUUCUUAAUGAGACCUAGAAAUCCUAUUCCGCAAAAUUCUGA